AUGUUCCCUUCGACGCCUCUACUUUUCCUCCCAGUCCUUGGCCUUGUGGCCGCCAACAAGGUCACCUUCAUCUCCCUUGACCAAGGUGACAGAGUCAUUUACUCCAAGCACAAGCUUGGGUGUGCAGAGGGUAACCAGGGGUGCGAGGACCUCAUACCCCUAGCUGUUCCUGGACUCACUCACGUCUCUCUCGAUAUCCCCACCGGCUGGGAAGGCAACUUUUACUCCGUGCCGGCCGGCACUCGCGACCGCACCGGAAUGCUGGCCGAGAUUCGUGCCCAGGGGUUCGAGAGCAAGUCAUGGUUCGAUGUCUCUGCCAUCGACAAUCCCGGCGACCACGUGGGCGUCAAGCAGUUCUGGCCCGCUAACGACCCCAACGCUGAGGUCAGCGGCUGCAUCACUUUUCCUUGCGACCAUGCAUACUACCACCCGGACGACAAGCAGACGAAAAAGCCCACCAAGAGCGAGGAAUUCUACUGUACCCUCGGCAACGCUGAUCUGGCGAAGUACCCUCACCUCGCACAGUGGCACAUGCUCUACAGCGAUAAACAUCAGAAGUGGCUUCCUAUGUCCAUACCCUCCGUAACCGGUGCGGAUGCCAGCGUUGUUGCUGUCCAUGGCGGGCCCGCUGCUACUGGCGGUACUACUACAGCCGAGUCUCCUACUGCCACUCACACUGCCGUUGCCGACGAGACGGACAACGCCGACGAGGAAGACGCUGUAGAUGAGGCGGACGCCACCGACGAGGAAAACACUGCAGAUGAGGCGGACGUCACCAACGAGGAAGACACUGCAGCUGAGGACUACGCUGCCGAUGAGGAAGCCGCCGAUGAAGAAGACGCCACCGAAGAGACCGACAUCGCCAACGAGACAGCAUCCUCCCAUCCAACUCUUUCGACUCUAGUCACUUCGGUCAAGAAGCAGACAGCAACUCCCACUAUGACAUUCGACCAUAGCCAUGGCCACCAUGGCUAUACCGUUGCCGCAAAUCACACGGCAUCCGACUAG